AUGUCCUGCCAACAAAAACAGCAGAAGUGUCAGCUCCCCGCCAAGUGCCCACCCAAGUGCCCUCCUCAGGCCCCUCAGGCCCCUGCUCCCUGCCCAGCACCCAGCCCAGCUCCCUGCCCCCCUCCUCCUCCCUCCUGCUGCAUCCCCAGGUGCUGUAUUUCUGGCUUUGGAGACUGCUGCUCUCUGCUGUCUCACCGGUUUCCAGGAGUCUGCCUGGGCCAGCCCCAGCCUUCCACCUGCUGUGAGAGGGAAUCUUCUGGAUGUUGCCAUUGCUGCCAUGGCCUUGGAGGCUGCAGCUGA